UUUUGCAGCUCCGUUUUUCUUCAAAUGAGUAAAUUCAAAUCAAAACAAAGCACAGAUAUGGUCAUAACACGACUAUGGAGGUUACGAUUUUAAUACCUAUUUUAAUCAAUCACGUCACUUAACUUUUCACCUACGAGCCGACAUCUGCUCUCACUGAUUAAAGAGAGGCUUUUGUUGCGAGAAAAUAUUCAUUAAUUUUUUAUCUCCUCUUUUAUGGCAUAACCUGUCUGAUUUAUUUGAUACGGGAUUAGGAAUUUCGUGGCCGCAAGCGGCAGGUGGACAUGUGUUUUAAAACAGAUGGAUCGACAGAUUUGUUCGAUUAAACGUGACCGGGGAAAGCAAAAACCGCUCAUUCGGCUCAUUUGAAAUUUGGCCGGUAAGGUGUCAAGCAUAAUUCGAACAUUUUCAGGGUUAAACCAAAUUUUAAAAUGAUAGCCUCCGUACCAAACACCUGUGUUUUAAAACAUCUCUGGCUGAUUUGUGGCCUACAACAAUUUAACUUGACGUUUAUCUCGAUAAAUUUUUUUGCGUCAUAAUUUUCGAGGCAGAGUGCGUUUUUGUUGAUGGGUGAUCAGUUAAGAUGGUUUCUCAUCGAGCGACGUGAGGAAGCGAUAAGGAAGCUAAACAACCCUUCAACAAAGAUGUCAAGUGCAUACUAGUUUUUGUUUUCAACGUAAUGUUUAUAACGAUUGUCUUAUGUAAACAAAUUCUAGGGGAACGAGCAUGUUUCUUAUGAAAAUCUCUUGAUCUUUCAUUGGCGAUAUAACUUUAAGACCAACAUCACGCCUUAAAGUGUUAAAUUUCAAAGUUCUAAUUCUACCCUCUCGGAUAUUGAUUCAUACACGUUCAUCUGGAACACCUUCUAAAAUACUGAAUUUGAAAAAAGCACCUACAGAUUUUAGCAUAAGUUGAUCGCGAAUGAUCCAUGUAAAUAGUGUUCAUCCGUGUUCAUUUUCGUUCCUUUUUCGUUCAUUUUAGAACUUUUCUUCCUGGCUAAACUGACAUUUAGUGGUUCCCUGACGCCAACCUUAAUUUCCCACACGUAGAAAACGUGACGCACGUCCUUAAAUUGUAAUUGUGACGUUUUUCCGCAAGCCGUGACAUGUUUAUCAUUUGAAUGCAUUAGCGUAGGAAACGUAAAUAGAAACAAAGCGUAUGAGCAUUCAACGUGCGUAUUCUAUACUAUUUCACAGGAUCUGUAUAAAAGGCGAAGCACAAAAAUAAAAUAACACUUUCAGUAAGCCGCAACAUUACCAGAGAGCGUUGUGUUACUCAAUCCAACAAGUGUCACGCUCCUCCUACUGACGUAACCUUUGUAAGAAUAAUGGCAGUGUCAUGGUCGCUCCAGAUGUGCGAAAUGUAAUUGUUUAGUUGCUUGUCUGAAAAAUUUCCCAGACAUCACUUUAGAGGGAGAAAUGGAGCUCGGUUUUCCAAUUGAUAUAAUUCUGUUCUUUACAUCUGCUAUUAUUGGAUUUUUCUUCUAUUCCAUCUAUUUUCGACCGAAGGAAUCACUUCAAACUUACAAGGUGAUAUCGAAAAAGUUCAGAGGUUCCACUUUGUGUAGGACUUUCGGCCUGAAUGAAUUUCACGCUAUCAAGGAUAAAUUUGCAACGGUGAAUGAAGUUUCAAUUGCAAUUAAAAACGCUGGUUUAGAGUCGAGCAAUCUUAUCAUUGGUAUCGAUUUCACGGCCAGUAACGAAUGGCAGGGGAGGAAAAGCUUCGGCGGACGGUCACUGCAUCACGUUUUUAGCAACACCAAGAGGUUGAACCCAUAUCAGCGUGUUGUGCAAGUCAUUACCAAAACACUCGAACCGUUUGACGAAGACAAGCUCAUCCCAACAUUCGGAUUCGGUGAUUCCGUGACUAAAGAUCAUAGCGUGUUUAGUUUCAACGAGGACGGCACCCCCUGCAACGGGCUGUGCGAUGUUUUGAAACAGUACACCGAAGUUGUUCGCCGGGUUUCUCUAAGUGGCCCGACUUCAUUUGCUCCGAUCAUCAACAAAGCUAUAGAGAUCGUCAAGCAGGAAAAAUCGUAUAACAUUUUGGUGAUAGUAGCAGAUGGUCAAGUUGUUGAGGAACACGAACGUAGCACAAGGGAUGCGAUUGUAGAAGCUUCGUAUUAUCCGCUUUCGAUCAUCGUUGUUGGGGUAGGGGACGGUCCUUGGGAUCGAAUGCACGAAUAUGAUAAUAUGCUCCCGCAAAGACGGUUCGACAACUUCCAGUUUGUUGAAUACGAGGCUGUAAUACACAACGCGAAACAUCCAGAUACUUCUUUCGCUCUACAUGCGCUCAUGGAAAUACCAGACCAAUACAAGGUUCUAAAUGAAUUGGGAUUGAUCAAAGCGAAAGCCAAAGAUGAUUGAAAGAUGAAAAUAGUUUUUCAUCUUCACUCAAUUCUGAUGUUAUUUAUUUUACGCUGUGUUUUUCUUCAUGAAAAAUGGAUUCUAUUUAUUUACACUUACAUUUGAGAGCGUUUGAAUCAUACAUUCAAACAAAAUUGCAAUAGCUUUUAAAGUUUCUCUUUCUAAAGAUUUGCUUUACAAAUUCAAGUUCACCGUUUUAGUCUAAAAGAUAAAUAUAAAAUACUAAAAUACUGUUUCGUCUCCACCGGAAAAUACUCGGAGAACGUGAACUAUAGUUUUAAGGUUGGGAGUGUUUUACUUAUGUUUUUCGGGGGGAGGGGUAAAAGGACUGCUGUUAUGACCCCUCAAAAAGCUCUACAGUAAUGCAAAAUAUGUGGAAUAAAUACUGUUUCAUCUUCCUUGGAAAAUACCCGGAGAACCAAAAAUUUAGUGUACAUUUAGGAAGUUUUUGCCUUUAUUAUUAUUUUGGGGGGAGGGGUUGGGGGGGCUGCUGUUGUCACCCACAGAAGGUUCCCUGAUUCAGCACAUUGACAAUACUUGUGUUCUGCUGGCAAGGCAACAUUUAUCUCAGUGAUACAUUUGUUCCAAUAUUUUUUUUAGACAGGAGCGUUGCUAUGCCACUUUUGUAUACUCAGUAGCCUUCUUGUGCCAUAAAAUUGGCAUGCAAAAGGUAAAGUGAAAGCAAAGACUUGGCCCCACUGUAGCCUGAUGCUGUAUCUGCAGAUUUACUCAAAUCAAAAUGAUUUUGGUUUUACAAACUGGUCUUGCCAUUUCUCAAAGCAUUUUUUUAUGCAACCAUAUCUUGACAGAAACUAAGCAAAAGCUUUCUCCCUUUUAGGGAAGUAAGAUUGAUUUGAUCAGGGGGAACAUUAAUUUCUUUUGUUAGGGGGUGCUGCUGCUGAGUUGAUGAUGUGGUGGGAUACGAAAAAAAUUCCAGAUUUAAAAUCUCCGCAGUUUGGCAUCUCUAUAGUAUGCCUCCCCCCACCCUUACAACUAAGAGGAAAAGUGUACUGUUUUGUAUACCCUGGGUAUUGUCGGCUCUGUUGCACUCAGCAGAUGAAUUUGCGUGUGUCAAAGGCAGAUAUAUUAAGCAGAAGACACCACUAAGAUAAAAUGCCCCCACACAGCCUUAGAAAUUUUGCAUUUAAUAUUACUUGUGACUUGACUACACAUUAAUUAUGAAUUAAGGUGUCUUCCAUGGUCCAAAGAACAGAUAAUCUGUUUGCUGUAAAUUUCACUUUUGAUAGUAAAACUUUUGUUAUCUCUUUUUACAAAUCUUUGGGCUGAAGUUGCCAAUUAAUUCAGACCACGUCUUGAAUGAUUUAAUCGUGGCAUCAGAUUUAUCUGAAGCAAUCUUUUUUGGUGUGCAUUUCAAAAGGAGAAUGACCAGAAUUUUUGUUUCAUCUGUUGAAAGUGAUUAUUUGGGUUUAGUUUUUAAUUGAAGCACAAAGAUGACAUCUUUUUGUCUUUCCUUUAGCAUACUUAUAAAUUAGGAUGGAAAUCAUUUGUGGUGUUUUUUUCGAGUUUGACAAUUUAUUUGAUAGUUCAAUUUAGAGUUUGGAGAAACCACUAAGCAAUAAAGAAAUAAAGGGUAAAAAGACAUAAGCAAGGUGCACAUCAAAACUUCAAAUUAUUGUCCAUAAAAAGAAUGCAAAAACAGUUAAAUGGAUUCAUUUGAAAGAUGCAUAGCAAUAAAAUAACUUUUUGACGAUUUA